AGAUCAAGCAGCCACCUCAUAGCUCGCUCGCUCUCGCUCUCUCUCUCGCUCGCUCACGAACACUCCGCCGCGACUUCCAACUUUUCAUUCUCAGUAGUUCUGUGCGCACACGACAACGACGACGACCGCCACCACCGCACGAAAGUCCAGAUUAGAAAACAGCACCGUAACUACACCGCUCAUCGCACGAGAGAACGGUCACGACUGCGAAGUGGCGCUCUUACUCACACUCCCUCCGUUAACUCUUCCUCUAGGAAAAUACGAAAGGAGACGACUCCGUUUCGCCCAACCGCAUUCAUACACCGAGACACUCCGGAAAGGGAACCUCUCAACGAAUACUUCCUUUUUAAAAGGAGACAAAAACAGAAGCAGCAGCCAUGUCUCACACGAACCUCGACAGGACGGAGGAGCACCACCACUCAUCUGGCACCGCCGCCGUCCAGGACAACACCCAGAGCCAUUCCGGUCUGCCUCAGCAGGGCCCCUUCGGCCACACCCUCCAAAGCCACGGCAGCAUCGCGCACGACCUCAGCGGCAAGCUCAAGGCGCGUCGCAGCGCCGCGAGCUACGACUACCUCGCCGGCGAGGGCGACGACCAGCGUCAGGGGGAUGCCACCGGGAAGUUCAGCUACCACACCGGUAAGAAACCCUCCGGCCGGCGCAGCUUCGACUACCUCGACGAGGACCAGAACCGCGCCCCGCCGGCGGCAGCGCCGGUCGCUUUGAACGACAGCAUGGGGGAUCGGCCCGGCGCGACGAGCUACUUCGAAUCUGACAGCGACGACGAGGAGGCCUUCCUUGAUCAUCAGAUCCGCAUGCUGAAGGCGAAGCAGGCGAAGGCGGCGGCGCACAAGUGGGCGAACCCCGGCCCAAUUGGCCUGCUCGCCUUCGGCAUGACGACGAUUUGCUUGAACCUGCACAACACCGGUGUCUUCGGCCUGUACUCGGUGAUCCCGGCGAUGGGCAUCUGCUUCGGCGGCGGUGCGCAGUUGAUCGCGGGGCUGCUGGAGUGGGUGCGCGGCAACACUUUCGCGUACGUCGCCUUCGUCUCCUACGGCGCCUUCUGGCUGUCCCUCGUGUGUGUCUGGAUGCUGCCGAACGUGACGACCGGUGACUCCCCGCUGGUCGCCGCCGGGGAUGAGUACUUCGUCGGGCUCUACCUCGCCCUCUGGGGUGUGUUCUCCUUCUUUAUGAUGAUCUGCACCCUCCGCAUGAACGUCGCCAUCUUCCUCGUCUUCCUGACUGUCACGCUGCUCUUCCUGCUGCUCGGCGGCGGCAACAUGACGAACAACGCGACGGCGCUGCGGGCGGCCGGGUACGAGGGGAUCGUGUGCGGGUGUCUCGCGAUGUACCUCGGCGUGGCGGAGGUGGUGAAUGAAGUGUGGGACCGCGUGAUUCUGCCGGUGGUCCCGAUGACGCAGGUGCUGGAGUGGUUCGGCGCGAACAAGGCGGCAAAGGAGAAGAAGGAGGAGGAGGAGGUGGCGAACGCGCAACCCAAGGAGACGAAGCAGGAUUAA